UUUCUUCAAUCUAUGGAGAACAAGUGCUCUGAAGACACCGAGUUGAUUUGAUGCAAUCGCGCACUUUUAUUAGCGUUUUCGCACUCGUGAAAACUAGUGCGAUAGUCCAGUGGUGAACUAAAUGCGCUAUAACCAAGAAUUGAUUAUUAUCCUGUUUUUUUUUUACUAUAGGAUCAGAUGUUGAAAGCUCAAUGAGCGAUGAUCUUCGUGGCCAUUGCUCUGAACAGCCACCAACAGGUACCCCCGAUCCUGAUGAACAAUUCGAAUAUAAAGGUAUACGACUAACCAAAUCGAAAACAAAAAUCAUUGAAAUUCCUGCUCUUGUCGCUGGACAAAUGAUUGAUCAAAAGCUAGAUUGUUACUGCGCUGCUUGCAUAAAGUGGGCUGCAUAUCGGAGUUCAGCAAGCAUAUCUCAAGGCGAGGAACUAAAACAUUCAUCUGAAACAAGCACUGAAACUCCAGUAGCUGAAAGAAUGACCCAAAUUUAUCGCUGUUUUGGUUCAUUACGACCAAGGAAAAAGGUUAUUGAGCGGCUCGGGUGUUUUGUGCCAAAAUGCAAACGGAAGCGUGGAUUGACCAAAAAAGUUGUCAAGAAGAGGUAAAUAUUGUGUGUGUGACUUUCGUGUAAUGUAGAUGUGCCUUUAAGGUUGAAGGAUUCUUCAUUGACCUCUUCAAACCUCCCCCCCCCCCCUUGUGCACGGGCUUGCCACUGCGGAAAUAACAGAUUUGAACGAGAAAACUACUUUCGAAUUUUCGAUGAUAACAGUUAUAUCAGAGACGAAUCUUCCAACCUUAAUGACUAGAAUGGUUGCAUAUUUGGGCAUAUUGGAUAUUUAGAAAAUAUCGAACUUUCAAGUAUUACUAGUUUUUUAGCAAAAAAAAAUUGUUCCUAAUAUUAGAGCAUCCUAAAUUCUAUUAACUUAGAAAAAAUGCCCCAUUAUUUUGUAAGUCCCUUGUAUCCCUAUCUCUCGAUGUUCAGUACUUUCACCCCUGUAGGAUUAUUGUAAGUUGAGGAAGUUUUAUUUUUUUUGUUUCAAGGGUUCAGGUAAUAGAUGCCGAUGAAUAUACAAAAACGGAAUUGUUUCAAGAGGAUCUCAUUCAAGGACGUCGAAUAGUUGACUAUGAAUAUUUCAUUAAGUGGAUCACAAUGGCCCAGGCUGUACAUUCGCAAAAGUGCAAAGGUCUGUUGUGUCCGUAUAAAGAAAGUUUUAAAUCUAUGGUCUCCACGUUAUUCUUGAAAUGUAAUGUGUGUGAUGUCAUCGUGUGUGGAUAUUCGGAAAAACCUAGCUCAAAAAAGAGACUAAGGUUUUGCCUUGACUGGGGAAUUCUCUGCAGCGGUGGAACAUUUACAAUGGCAGAAGAGCUUUUUUCCUUUCUCAACAUGCCGUUUACAUCCAAAAACUCGUUCAUUAGGGAUGAGACCUCUAUGGAUGGAGUAAUUGAAGCAGCGCUCGAACAAUCCAUGAAUAAUGCCAUCGAAGAAGAGAAAACGGCAGUUAGUAAGGAACUUGAACAGCAUGGUUUAGUACCUAACCAACAAGAAAUGGUUGAGUCAUGUGCGGCUUUGGAUGGCUCCUGGGGCCAACGAAGUAACGGUCACCGAUAUAAUUCGGCAUCUGGAUGUGCAGCAAUAAUGGGUGUCAGAUCCAAGAAGGUUUGCUACGUGGGGGUCCGAAAUAAAAGAUGCUUUGCAUGUUCUCUGAAUGUACGCCGAGCUAUGAAUAAAAAAGAAAUACGGAACCAUAAGUGUUAUCGUAACUAUAAAGGGGCUUCCGGAGGCAUGGAACCUGAUAUAAUAAUCGAAGGAUUUGAAAAACUACACAAAAAAGGAAUAAAGUUUACUACCGUGGUAACAGACGGAGAUUCCACAACCGUUGCGCGACUGAAAAAUAAAUGCAAAUACGGUUCUGAAAUUCGCCAACAACUCUGUUGCAACCAUGCGAUGAAAAGCCUUGGAAAGCGUCUUAGAGAAAUAAAAUGUCCGAAACAAUUUUCUGAUAUUGUAUCAAAGUCAAUUGAACGCAUAACACGAGGAAUUCGAUCAGCUAUUAAGCAUUGUGCCGAAGAGACAAACGGUCAAGAUAUCGAGGGUUUGAGACACGAUAUAAGGAAUGCCCCCUUCCACGCCUUCGGUUCUCACGAUGAUUGCCGAUCGUAUUUUUGUACAAACAAAGAGAAUGUCGCUGAUUCUCGCGGGAUAAUAUCUGAUUUGAAAUGCGCUGGAAUAUGGGAUAAGAUCAUGUUGGCUGUAGAAAAAACUGCCGCUAAAGCCGAGUUUUUUAGCGAAAAUCAAACUAGUAACUUGGUUGAAAACUUGUACUGUAGGCUGAGUAAGUACAAUGUGGGCAAGCGGAUCGAUACAAUGAGCAGGGGCUCAUAUCAGAGGAGAGUGUAUAUAACAGUACUUCAACAUAAUGAAGGUUACAAGUGGCACGACAGAUCUAUGUUCGAGUAUACCGGAGAGAAUCCUGGAUACUGGCUUCGUCGUUUGUUCCAACGGAAAACUGCUUCAUUUUUGUAUACUAAAAAAAUGCAGAACAGUUCAGGCUUUGUGAGGCGGAAACCAGUGCCAUAUGACGAAAUAGAGAAAGAUUAUGGAGUUGAUGCAGUAGAAGCUUCUGAGCAAGAGAUGAACAUAAUUGUUGACGCUUCAAGCAUGAAGCGAAUGUAUGAGCCGAGCGAGUCUACUAAACAGUUAUUGAAAAAGGACGUAACUAUGUCACAAAUGGAGGAGUUUGCAUUUGGGCGUAUAUUGUCUAAAUAUGUUCCGGAAAUAAUAAAUUCAAGGGAAUCUACGAAGCAGAAAAAGUGCGAUUUCAUUCUCCAAACAACAAAUACGUGGAAUUAUCUCAAGACGAAUCGUCCGAUCAUCAGUCUUAUUCUGCGUUCUUUGAAAGAUCGACAUUCGAUUGUGAUGGGCGGAAACAGAAUAUACAUUGAUUCAUGCCACAAUUUUCUCUGCUGUGUGCCAGAUGCUGUAUCUGACGAUGGUUCAACGCUGCUGUUGAUAAAAAGAAAUCAUCGGAAAGCAACAAAAGAAGCCGUGCGCAAAACUAAAGGAAAAAAACCGAUGGUUGACAGGGCUACGUUUAUUGAAGCACAGGCAAUGAUGCACAUAUGUGAUGCGACGAAAUGUGUGGUCGUUAUGCUCGAUUCCAAUCACCAGACUGAUUAUCUUUUACAUGAGCUUGCUUACGAUGACACGUUUUUCAAAGCACGCCUCAUUGCUAAGAUCACAGAAUUCUUCGAAACCUUCAUAUCAGUAAAGGUUUCGGCUAAUGAAUUGAAUGUAAAGAUUUGAUUAGGAUUAAGAUUAAGAUUUGAUCGAUUAAGAAUAAAGAGUAUAAAUAACCCGAGUAAUACAUAUUUAUUCCCUCUCAAUUAUGACGUAAACAUAUUCCUUCACUUUUGUUUUAAACUACUAUCUGCAAUACCCAAGCUAAUAACUAUACCGUCCCGUUACUUCAGCAUGGUACAUAAAUAUAAGCAUUGGAAAACUAAAUGAUAACAAAAGUUACAAGAUCAUUUAGGUGGAUUGAUCACAGCUCUGAUGUAAACACUGUUUUGACAGUUCUUUUUUUUAUAAGUAGUCGUGAAUGAAAUUGUAACACUAAUACAAUCAAUAUAUGUGAAUAACGUUUUCGUUCACCAAUACUACCAAAAAUUUUGUAAACACUCAAGCAACCUUCACCUUAAUA